CUAUCCCACCCUCAGCCGAACACCAGUCCCAGCCCCGCAGCUAACGUAUCCAGUCUCAGUAUGGAGCUUCCAGCACUGUUGCUAUGGUAACAGCACAGCAACAGGCCUAAACGUCGAGGCAGGCCUCGGUGUAGCAGUGUGGGCUGAAGCCGGCUGCGGGGAACCAUGCUUUGAUUGGCAGCAAUGGAGAACAGCUUUGUCGAAGCAGUGGCCUCUUCUCUGGUGAGAGAGUUCCUCAGCAGAAAGGGUUUAAGGAAAACUAGUGCAGUUCUGGAAGAAGAGCUCCCACGCAAUCCCCAGAGCAUCAGUAAUAGGAACGAGCUGAGAUCUGCCCUGCAUUUGGAGUCUUUGUAUAAAGAAAACAAGUUGAAGGAGAAUCCAUUAAAAACACUAUUGGAAAUCAUAACAAAAUAUUUCCUGGAACAUUUUGGAAAACCAAAUAAAAUUAAAAUAAGUGGAAAUCGAAGUCUGUCACCACCGAAGAUGUUUGGAGUUGGAUCCCCAUUGAAUGAAGCAAAAAGUUCUGUGUUGAAGCUGUCUGAUGUUUCUGAUGAUGAAAUUGAAGGGAGCACAGCAGUAUCAGAUACCAGUAAAAUAGAAAUAUACAGGAGGGAAAAUGCUCCAUCAAUGCAAAAAAAUAUCUCUGUAAGGCAUAAAGGUAAACAACCUGAAUCUAACCAUAAAAUCAGUAAAUUACUGCCUAAAGACAAUAUACAAAAUGUAAAGGAAAGCAGCAGGGAUUUGUCUAAAUUACUAGAGACCUCAUUAGAGGUGAAAAGCUCUAUGCCAGAAACUCAAAGGCCAAAAUCAAGUCGGUUUGUUCGAGGGAUGUCGUCUGGACCAAUUACUAGCUCCCAAGAGGAUUCAUUAAAAAAACGCCCAUCAAGGCGAUCUUCAGCAGCCAAUAUUUCAAUUCAGUCCAAGGAAGAUACCCAACGCAAUGAUACUCUUGAAAUAGGCGGAAUCCCUAGUAAUUCUGCUAGCACUGCCCUUAGGAUAGGCAAAGAAUUUUCUGCUAAAGUUUUGGCAUCUGCAAGCUUUGAAGACUUCCGAAACACGUCUCCUGGUUCUACAAAUACAUUUCUAAAGCAGAAUACACAAAUCUCAGGGAACAUAUCAAGAAAUACAGAAAAUGGUACAAACAAAAAAGGAAGACAAUCUCGGACAUCAAAAUACACAGAAGGUUAUUCAUCAUUAAACAGGCAUACCUUGAAUUUCCAUGAAGAAGCUAAGCCAAAAGAAGACCUAAAACUAGAUGAUGUUGAAGAUGAUCUAGAGACCGGGGAAAUUUACCAAAUACCAACUUUACUCUCAAAGUAUAAAAUCCAGGUGCAAGGGAAACCAAUUGAUCUAUCUCAAGCAGUGGAAAUUAAAAGAAUCCUCUUUGGCUCAACCCUUUGUUGCUUUAGUGAGGAAUGGAAAAUGCAGAGUUUUACAUUUAACAACAAACACCAGUUAAGAUAUGGCUUUGUACAAAAAAAGGGUGGUCCGUGUGGUGUGUUGGCAGCAGUUCAAGGUCUUAUGCUAAAACACCUUCUUUUUGGAAAAGAACAAGAUGUAAGAGCUCUGCAGACUUCAGAUACGCUCAGGACACAGUGCCUUUGUAAAGCCCUGGCUGACAUCUUAUGGUGUGCUGCAAGCCAGAUUGAAGCAACUGUUGCCCUGCACUCAGGAAAACAACAGUUUAGUCCAGCUGGAAGAUAUAAAUGUGAUGGAAUCUUAGAAACCUUAAUAUUGUAUAAGUUUGGAAAAUAUGAAGAGUUGCUGAGUUUUCUCCAACAAAAUAUCAGCCCGUUUGAAAAUGGUCCAUUUGGAUGCAUACUGCUUAUCUUAUCAGCUGUAUUAUCACGAACACCUGAGCUAGUACAGAAGGAUUUUGAUGUUCCCUCAAAUUGUCUAAUCGGUGCUCAUGCAUAUUGUACACAAGAACUUGUAAACCUUAUACUUUGUGGCCGUGCAGUAUCCAAUGUGUUUAAUGACAAGAUGGAACUUGAUUCUGGCAAUGGGAAUAUUACUGUUUUAAAAGGAAUUGAUCAUCGCAGUGAAGUUGGCUUCCUUUCUCUAUUCGAACACUACAGUGUCUGUCAGGUUGGCUCCUAUCUGAAAACCCCUAAAUAUCCAAUAUGGUUGAUCUGCAGUGAAAGCCACUUUAGUAUUAUGUUUUGCUUGAAAAAGGAGUUAAUGAAUGAUUGGAAGAUUGAAAGAAAAUUUGAUCUUUAUUACUAUGAUGGACUCGCCAAUCAGCAGGAGGAAAUCCGCCUAACAAUCGACACAUCUGGAACCUACAUAGAAGAAAAAGAUGAUGAUCUUAUUCCUCCACUUGAAUACUGUAUAAGGACAAAGUGGAAAGGAGCAUUUGUGGACUGGAAUGGCACAGAACCCAUCCUUUAAAUGUGUUUUAUAACUUGCAUGAUAAUAAAAAGUGCUUCACUCUAUAUAUCUAGCUCUGUUGAAACACAUGAAGGCAAUCUUCUUCAGUGCCAUGAUUCACUCAAUCCAGACAUCACAUGCCUUUCUCUCUGAGCCUUACAGACUUCUGUUCACAUUGUUUAUUGUGUAAUUCUGUUUUUGAGUCAAACGCAAUUGUAUUUGUGUAAAUGAAUGCUUUAAUGUCAGCAGUGUAAAUGAACAUGUUUAACAAAUGUUUCGAGAUUCAUAAAAUUAGACAGUGGUGCAUCAAAAAUAA